AAGCAGGAUUCAGUGUCUCUGGGUUCAGGAAUCCUCGGGCAGCAGAGGGGACUUGCUCCUCAGUCCCCAUCUCUGUCCCCACCCCAUCCCAGCAGAUCCAUGGAUUGGGGAGGGCCACGUCCGAUAGCUUCUGUGUCUGUCCAUGAGGGCCUGGAGCCCUGACCCUCCUGCCUAGGUUUCUGCCUUUUCUUUCUGUCUUUGGCCAGCUGGGGAGGGGGUAGAGGCCUUGAGCAACAUGGCCCAGAGCAAGAGGCACGUGUAUAGCCGGACACCCAGCAGCAGCAGGAUGAGUGCAGAGGCCAGCGCCCGGCCUCUGCGAGUGGGCUCCCGAGUGGAGGUGAUCGGGAAAGGGCACCGAGGCACUGUGGCCUAUGUUGGAGCCACACUCUUCGCCACUGGCAAAUGGGUAGGUGUGAUCCUGGAUGAAGCAAAGGGCAAGAAUGAUGGAACUGUCCAAGGCAGGAAGUACUUCACUUGUGAUGAAGGGCACGGCAUCUUUGUGCGCCAGUCUCAGAUCCAAGUGUUUGAAGAUGGAGCAGAUACUACUUCCCCGGAGACCCCUGACUCUUCUGCCUCAAAGGCCCUCAAAAGAGAGGGAACCGACUCAGCUACAAAGACCAGCAAACUGCGGGGACUGAAGCCUAAGAAGGCACCGACAGCCCGAAAGACCACAACUCGGCGGCCCAAGCCCGCCCGCCCAGCCAGUAGUACUGGGGCAGCCGGAGCCAGUAGCUCCCUGGGCCCCUCUGGCUCGGCAUCAGCAGGUGAGCUGAGUAGCAGUGAGCCCAGCACCCCGGCUCAGACUCCGCUGGCAGCACCCAUCAUCCCCACGCCGGCCCUCACCUCUCCUGGAGCAGCACCCCCACUUCCUUCCCCCUCCAAGGAGGAGGAGGGGCUGAGGGCCCAAGUGCGGGACCUGGAAGAGAAACUGGAGACCCUACGACUGAAACGGGCAGAAGACAAGGCAAAGCUAAAAGAGUUGGAGAAACACAAGAUCCAGCUGGAGCAGGUGCAGGAAUGGAAGAGCAAAAUGCAGGAGCAGCAGGCCGACCUGCAGCGGCGCCUCAAAGAGGCGCGGAAGGAAGCCAAGGAGGCACUGGAGGCGAAGGAACGCUACAUGGAGGAGAUGGCUGACACUGCCGAUGCCAUUGAGAUGGCCACUCUGGACAAGGAGAUGGCUGAGGAACGGGCUGAGUCCCUGCAGCAGGAGGUGGAGGCACUGAAGGAGCGUGUGGACGAGCUCACCACUGACUUGGAGAUACUCAAGGCUGAGAUUGAAGAGAAGGGCUCAGAUGGGGCUGCGUCCAGCUAUCAACUCAAGCAACUCGAGGAGCAGAACGCCCGCCUAAAGGACGCCCUGGUGAGGAUGCGGGAUCUUUCUUCCUCAGAGAAGCAGGAGCAUGUGAAACUCCAGAAACUGAUGGAAAAGAAGAACCAAGAACUGGAAGUUGUUAGGCAACAGCGGGAGCGGCUGCAGGAGGAGCUGACCCAGGCAGAGAGCACCAUCGAUGAGCUCAAGGAGCAGGUGGAUGCUGCUCUGGGUGCUGAGGAGAUGGUGGAGAUGCUGACAGACCGGAACCUGAAUCUAGAAGAGAAAGUGCGGGAAUUGAGAGAGACCGUGGGGGACUUGGAAGCAAUGAAUGAAAUGAAUGAUGAGCUGCAGGAGAAUGCACGCGAGACGGAACUGGAGCUGCGGGAGCAGCUGGACAUGGCAGGCGCCCGGGUCCGGGAGGCCCAGAAGCGUGUGGAGGCAGCCCAGGAGACAGUUGCAGACUACCAGCAAACCAUCAAGAAGUACCGCCAGCUGACUGCCCACCUGCAGGAUGUGAAUCGGGAACUGACAAACCAGCAGGAAGCAUCUGUGGAGCGGCAGCAGCAGCCACCCCCUGAGACUUUUGACUUCAAAAUCAAAUUUGCCGAGACGAAGGCCCAUGCCAAGGCAAUUGAGAUGGAACUGAGGCAGAUGGAGGUGGCCCAGGCCAACCGGCACAUGUCCUUGCUGACAACCUUCAUGCCCGACAGUUUUCUUCGGCCGGGUGGGGACCAUGACUGUGUACUCGUGCUGCUGCUCAUGCCUCGUCUCAUUUGCAAGGCAGAGCUGAUUCGAAAGCAGGCUCAGGAGAAAUUUGAACUAAGUGAGAACUGUACAGAGCGGCCCGGUCUUCGAGGAGCUGCGGGGGAGCAGCUCAGCUUUGCCGCUGGGCUGGUGUACUCGCUGACUCUGCUGCAGGCCACACUCCACCGCUAUGAGCAUGCCCUGUCUCAGUGCAGCGUGGAUGUGUAUAAGAAAGUGGGCAGCCUGUACCCUGAGAUGAGUGCCCAUGAGCGCUCCUUGGACUUCCUCAUUGAGCUGCUGCACAAGGACCAGCUGGAUGAGACUGUCAAUGUUGAACCUCUCACUAAAGCCAUCAAGUACUACCAGCAUCUGUAUAGCAUCCACCUUGCCGAACAGCCUGAGGACAGUACCAUGCAGUUGGCCGACCACAUCAAGUUCACCCAGAGUGCCCUGGACUGCAUGGGCGUGGAGGUGGGACGGCUGCGUGCCUUCUUGCAGGGUGGGCAGGAGGCUUCAGAUAUUGCCCUCCUGCUCCGGGACUUGGAAACAUCUUGCAGUGACAUCCGCCAGUUUUGCAAGAAGAUCCGAAGGCGAAUGCCAGGGACAGAUGCUCCUGGGAUCCCAGCCGCACUGGCCUUUGGACCACAGGUAUCCGACACACUCCUUGACUGCAGGAAACACUUGACAUGGGUGGUGGCUGUGCUGCAGGAGGUGGCAGCUGCUGCCGCCCAGCUCAUCGCCCCCCUGGCAGAAAAUGAGGGUCUGCCUGUGGCUGCCCUAGAGGAGCUGGCUUUCAAAGCAAGCGAGCAGAUCUAUGGGAGCCCCUCCAGCAGCCCCUAUGAGUGUUUGCGUCAGUCAUGCAAUAUCCUCAUCAGUACCAUGAACAAGUUGGCCACAGCCAUGCAGGAGGGAGAGUACGAUGCAGAGCGGCCCCCCAGCAAGCCUCCCCCUGUUGAGCUGCGGGCUGCAGCCCUUCGUGCAGAGAUCACAGAUGCUGAAGGCCUGGGCUUGAAGCUUGAAGAUCGAGAGACAGUUAUCAAGGAGUUGAAGAAAUCACUCAAGAUCAAGGGGGAGGAGCUCAGUGAGGCCAAUGUCAGGCUGAGCCUCCUGGAGAAGAAGCUGGACAGCGCUGCCAAGGAUGCAGACGAGCGCAUCGAGAAAGUCCAGAAUCGGCUGGAGGAGACCCAGGCGCUGCUGCGGAAGAAGGAGAAAGAGUUUGAGGAGACGAUGGAUGCACUCCAGGCUGACAUCGACCAGCUGGAGGCAGAGAAGGCAGAGCUGAAGCAGCGGCUGAACAGCCAGUCCAAGCGCACGAUCGAGGGGCUCCGGGGUCCUCCCCCUUCGGGUAUUGCUACCCUGGUCUCUGGCAUUGCUGGUGAAGAACAGCAGCGAGGAGGCGCCCCUGGGCAGGUGCUGGGGUCUCUGCCAGGCCCGGGGCUAGUGAAGGACUCGCCAUUGCUGCUUCAGCAGAUCUCUGCCAUGAGGCUGCACAUCUCCCAGCUCCAGCAUGAGAACAGCAUCCUCAAGGGUGCCCAAAUGAAGGCCUCUUUAGCAGCUCUGCCCCCUCUGCAUGUGGCAAAGCUCUCCGUCCCGCCCCAUGAGGGUCCUGGCAGGGAGUUAGCAACUGGAGCGCUGUAUCGUAAGACCAACCAGCUGCUGGAAACAUUGAAUCAGCUGAGUACACACACCCACGUAGUAGACAUCACUCGCACCAACCCUGCUGCCAAGAGCCCGUCGGCCCAGCUCCUGGAGCAAGUGGCUCAGCUCAAGUCCCUAAGCGACACCAUCGAGAAGCUCAAGGAUGAGGUCCUCAAGGAGACUGUAUCGCAGCGCCCUGGAGCCACAGUCCCCACUGACUUCGCCACCUUCCCUUCCUCAGCCUUCCUCAGGGCCAAGGAGGAGCAGCAGGACGACACUGUCUACAUGGGCAAAGUGACCUUCUCAUGUGCGGCUGGCCUUGGACAGCGACACCGGCUGGUGCUGACCCAGGAGCAGCUGCACCAGCUGCACGGUCGCCUCAUCUCCUGAAUGCGCCUUUCCCCGCUGUCUCCCUCUGCCCUCAGCCCUCCUGGUGCCGCUCUGCUCGAUGCACAGCCACCUCAGCCAGCCCCCAGGUAGAAGCGUGUGUGUCAAGCUGUUCUGGCCCCCAUUCAGCUUCACUCCACCUGUCAAUGCCUUGCCCCUGCCUCUUGACCUGGGCUCCCUAUUUCCAGUCCCUGGCCUUUGCCAGAAUUCACUGUCUAGCUGCUCCCUCCUUCCUGAGGACCCUCAGGGCAUGUGGGAAAUAGGCUGAGAACCCCCUCCACCAAAGGUUGAGUGAGGUCCCCCAGAUUGAGGACUUCACCCCUUGAUUAAAGCAACAUAUGCUUCAGUGCUUUCUGUGUGGUGUUGGGAGUGGGUCCUGGGCCAUUCAGCUCAGAGGAAGAGAGAAGGGAUGCUGUGCCAAGUUUGAGGGCCUCUCUUUGUAGUGACCAGUGAAAUGCUGUGUCCCUCAGAUUCACCUGCAGUUCAUCACUGUGAGCAAGGGGGGAAAGCACUGGCUAGACCCGGGGCUCAGCACCUGCCUUCAUUUAUGGAGAUAGGAGGGCCGAGCAUAGGUAGCCUCUGCUUCCUGGGUCUUCCACUGCUCUUCAGGCCAGUCAUUGGAGCUGGGCUAGUGAUGCGAUCACCAUCACAGCACAUACGUUCCUCCCAAGGAAACUUCAUAGCACAGAAUACUUGGAGCCCUGCUAAAUAGGCCCAGGACUCCCAGAGAACACAGGAUCUGAGAAUGAGCAGCCCCUCCUGCUUCCCUGUGGGUGUUAUGCUCUCUAUCGCUCGCUCCUCUGUGUAUGUGGAGAAGCACGGUAAUGCACCCAGCCUUCCUCCGUCUCUACCACAUACGCCAGCUGAAACAGGCAGCGCUGCUCCCAGGGACUGACAGGUGCUCAGGUGCUCAGAGGGGUGGCCUGGGAGGUUGGCCUCUCUUUCUCUCCAGAAGACUGGGGAGCUUGGGGUGAGGCCUGGAGUCAGAGUAAAUACGUCUGUCACUCUGUGUUCUGUUAUUUAUUAUUAUUGGAAACUGUACUGUACAAAUGAAGAAAGAGUGUUAAUGAGUCUCCAUGUGCCCAUAUUUAUCGAUUCAAGACUGAUCUUUUUUAUCUAUAACCCCCCUUCAAACUCCCCUCCAGAUUAUUUUGAAGCAAACCUAAGGUGUCAUUUUGUCAUUUUAUCAUUUUAUCCUAAAGUAUUUUAGUACUGAAAGAUAGAAUUCUUUAAAAAAGAAGAGUAUAAUAUUACUAUCACACCUAAAAAACGAAUUCAUCAAAUACCCAGUGUUCAGAUUUCCCUGAUUGUCAAAUAAAUGUUUUGUUAGACAUUUGGGUAAAUGCCUAUUUACCCAAAUAGACAUGUGUAUUUGGGUAAAGUUCAAGAGAAAGACAAUAUGCUUUAGAUGCAUAUAUGUUAAACUUUAUUUUCAAUGUGUCAGCAAUUCAAAUGUAUAUUACUGUCCUGAGGAUACAAAGAACACAGCAUGGAGGAGGACUGAGAACACAGCAUCCCGAUAUCUAGUCACUAGUGAUAAUAGAGGUUUUCCCUUUGGUGUUUUCUAUUAGAAAUAUUAAUUUAAAGAUGCUCUGCCAUGGCUUGGCAAGAAUAGAGCUGCUGGAGGGGGAGUUUAAUUAAAAAAUAAAAUGGACCCAAAGUUAGGAAGAGAUAGAAGAUGGAAGUCAAGGAGAGAGAAUAUACUUUGAAGCUAUAAGGAUAUCCUUCAUUCAGAGUGUAAGAAUUUCUUAGUCUGGGCUGCUGUAACAAAAUACCAUAAACUGUGGCUAAUCAACAACAAAAAUUUAGUUCUCACAGUUCUGGAGGCUGGAAUUCUGAGACCGGGGUUCAACAUGGUCAUUUCUGGAAAGGGUGCUUUUUUGGUUACAGACAGCUGACUUCUCACAUCCUCACAUGGCAGAGAGAGUAAGCUAGCUAUCUGGCCUCGUAGAAGGGCACUAAUCCCAUUCAUGAGGUCCCCACACUCAGACAUAGUUACCUCCCACAGGUUCCACCUUCAAGUACCAUCACAUUGGGGAUUAGAUUUCAACAUAGGAAUUUUAAGGGACAUAAAACAUUUGGUCCAUAAGCAUCCAAAUAGGUGCUAUGGGGGAAAAAAAAAAAAUCUUGUUUUAUUUCUGCCUCAAAUUGUCCAUAAAUGAACUAGAUGGUGCCUAUGCAGCUGAGGAGAAUUGUAUAUGGAAAGACCGGACAGUGGGAAAGAAAAGUGAUGCAGAGCAACUUGCUUUUGAGAUGCUUUAGGUGAUGGGUAUCAAAGCCCUCAUUUUGGAAAACGUGUCAGAUAGCUGAAGCUAUUGAGUUGGUCAAAAAGCUCAAUGUCUCAGUUUGAUUGCUGUCAACUGGUCUACCCAACCGUGGAGCAUCGUCCAGUGAGAAAUCUCCAGCACAAAACUUUGCAAACCACUUUUAACACACACACAGUCACCGCACCUUCUCCAUAUACUACACAAAUCCUUUUUUGCGUUUCAGUUGCAUUUUUAACUUUCUUGAAAUAGCAUAAUAUGCCAAAAAUGUUGCAUAUUUUCUUCCAUCUUCAAUAUUAAAAUGGCUAAAC